AUGUAUUGUUCCAGUUGCGGCCGAGGCUCGUCGCUGUCGCUUGCGCUCCGCCAUGGCCCGUGCCGGGUGCAGGUCAAAGAGUUCUUCAUGGGCGCACCGGUGAAGGAAAGCACGAGCAGGAAGUUCGAACUGCCCUGCAACGAGGGCAAGAGGAUCGAGGACUUCAUAGAGCUGCAGAGGAAAGAGCUGGGAGCCGGGGGCUACGGCGUUGUGUGCGAGGGGAAGGACAAGCACACUGCCAUCUCGUACGCAGUCAAGCUUAUCCAGAAGACGAGACUAACCAACAUGGAGAAGCUUGAGAAGGAGAUCCGCAUCAUGACUAAGCUCGACCACCCCAACGUCGUCAAACUGUUCCAGACCUUCCAGGACAGCCGCUACGUCUACCUGGUGAUGGAGAUGUGCCAGGGCGGCGAACUGUUCGACAGGAUCAUCGAGGAGAAACACUUCACCGAGAAAGACGCGGCGACCGUGAUGCAGCAGGUGUUCCGGGGCAUCCACUACACCCACGCCGUGGACAUCGUGCACAGAGAUCUGAAGCCCGAGAACCUGAUGUUGCUAAACAAGGGCCCGAUCAAGGGGAACACCGUGAAGGUGAUCGACUACGGCAUCGCCGCAGAGUGGAAGGGAGAGUUGUUGGUAUCAAAGAACGGCACAUUGGAUUACAUGGCCCCAGAGCUGAUCGACCUUCUGACUCACAGGUCGCAAGGCUACGGCAAGGAACUGGACGUGUGGAGCUGCGGCGUGAUCCUGCACGUCCUGCUCUCGGGCAUGCUGCCCUUCAAGGGGAAGAACGACCAGGAGACGCUCCAGAAGAUCUGCGCAGGGAAGUUGACUUGGAGAGGUUUCGACAAGUACAACAUUUCCAAAGAAGCAAGAGACCUCAUUGAGAAGUUGUUGACUGUCAAUAAGGAAAAACGCGCCACUAUGCAGCAGGCCCUCCGUCACACGUGGAUCGAGCACACGGCCCCGACGGCCAGAAGUGUCCCGCUGUCGGAGGUGGUCGUCAACCUCGAGAAUUUCACUCACGCGAACAAGCUUAAGAUGAAAGCUCUUGGUCUGGUUGCCAGACACAUUGACGAUGGGAGCCGCGCGCAAGCCCCGCCCGCGCGUGACAUUCGCGAUAGCGAGCGCUACUGUUCAGUUCGUGACAUUUCGAGGUACUAG